CGGGCCCUGACGCGGACGCCGGCGGGGCCGCGCGAGGUGAGGCUCCCGGAAAGGAGCUGAGCCCCUAGGCAGCCGGUUUCUCGGCACCCCUGCCGUCGCCGCUUCCGCGUCCUCCCGUCCGCUAUGGAGCCGCCCCGCGGCCCCCCGCGCCCGGGAGCCCUGGCCCGCACAGCAGUUCCCGGAACAAGAGGAUGGUGACUCCAGAAGGGCCCCAGCACUGUUGCUGUCACUGUGUGUGACGAGUACUAACCCCCACAACGCUGCCUGGUCUCUGGCUUUUUUGCAGUAUGGGGAGGAUUGGCAUCUCCUGUCUCUUUCCUGCUUCUUGGCAUUUUAGCAUCUCUCCAGUGAGCUGUCCUCGAAUUCUGAAUACCAACGUACGCCAAAUUAUUGUCAUUAGCAUCUUGGCUGCUGCUGUCUCACUGUUAUACUUCUCUGUUGUCAUAAUCCGGAAUAAGUAUGGGCGACUAUCCAAAGACAAGAAGUUUCAAAGGUACUUGGCCCGAGUCACGGACAUUGAAGCCACGGACACCAACAACCCCAGUGUGAACUAUGGUAUUGUGGUGGACUGCGGGAGCAGCGGGUCUCGGGUCUUUGUCUAUUGUUGGCCGCAGCACAAUGGCAACCCUCGCGAUCUGCUGGAUAUCAGGCAAAUGAGGGAUAAAAACCGAAAGCCAGUGGUGAUGAAAAUAAAGCCAGGCAUCUCGGAAUUCGCUACCUCUCCGGAGAAAGUCAGCGAUUACAUUUCUCCUCUCCUGAACUUUGCUGCAGAGCACGUGCCACGAGUGAAGCACAAAGAGACACCGCUCUACAUCCUCUGCACGGCUGGCAUGAGAGUCCUUCCCAAAAGCCAACAGAAAGCCAUUCUGGAAGACCUCCUGGCGGACAUCCCUGUGCACUUUGAUUUUCUGUUUUCGGACUCGCAUGCCGAAGUCAUUUCAGGGAAACAGGAAGGUGUGUAUGCUUGGAUCGGCAUCAAUUUUGUCCUUGGACGAUUUGAGCAUAUCGAAGAGGAUGACGAGGCUGUCGUGGAAGUGAGCCUUCCAGGCAAUGAGAACAGUGAGGCCAUCAUCCGUAAGAGAACCGCAGGCAUCCUCGACAUGGGAGGCGUGUCCACUCAGAUAGCGUACGAAGUCCCCGAAACUGUAAGCUUUGCCUCCUCACAGCAGGAGGAAGUAGCUAAAAACUUGUUAGCUGAAUUUAACUUGGGGUGCGACGCCCACCAAACUGAGCACGUGUACCGCGUCUAUGUCGCCACAUUCCUUGGGUUUGGUGGCAACGCUGCUCGACAGAGAUACGAGGACAGACUGUUCGCCAGCGUGCUUCAGAAGGGCAGGGUGCUGGGCAAGCAGACUGGUCUGACUGCUGAUGCUCCAUAUCUAGACCCCUGCCUGCCCCUUGACAUUAAAGAUGAGAUCCAGCAAAACGGGCAGACCGUGUACCUGCGGGGGACCGGAGACUUCGACCUCUGCCGAGAGUCCCUACAGCCCUUGAUGAAUAAAACCAAUGAGACACAGACUUCCCUCAACGGGGUCUACCAGCCCCCAAUUCACUUCCACAACAGCGAGUUCUAUGGCUUUUCUGAAUUCUACUAUUGCACUGAGGAUGUGUUACGCAUGGGGGGAGACUACAAUGCUGCUAAAUUCACUAAAGCUGCAAAGGAUUACUGUGCAACGAAGUGGUCCAUCUUGCGGGAUCGCUUUGACCGAGGGCUGUAUGCAUCCCAUGCUGAUCUCCAUCGGCUUAAGUAUCAGUGCUUCAAAUCUGCCUGGAUGUUUGAGGUGUUCCAUCGGGGCUUCUCAUUUCCCGUCCACUACAGGAGCCUCAAGACUGCCUUGCAGGUGUAUGACAAGGAAGUGCAGUGGACCCUGGGGGCCAUCCUCUACAGGACCCGCUUUCUGCCCUUGAGAGACAUCCAGCAGGAGGCCUUCCGGGCUAGUCACUCCAACUGGCGGGGUGUGUCCUUUGUCUACAACCACUACCUGUUCUCUGGCUGCUUCCUGGUGGUCCUGCUGUCCAUCCUCCUCUAUGUGCUACGGCUGCGGCGCUUCCACCAGCGCACACUACGGGGAGUUUCCGCGGCCACACUCUGGAUGGAGGAAGGCCUGCCAGCGCAGAAGGGUACUGGCACCUUGUGAGCAGGCGCUGCUCCCAGAAGAC